AUGUCACAUCUUAUCACUUUAGCUACGUGUAAUUUGAAUCAAUGGGCCCUGGAUUUUGAAGGUAAUAGAGACCGUAUCCUAGAGUCCAUUAAGAUUGCCAAAGAGAGAGGUGCCAGGUUACGUGUUGGCCCAGAACUAGAAAUAACUGGCUAUGGAUGUUUAGAUCAUUUCUUAGAAAAUGAUGUUUGCCUUCAUUCGUGGGAAAUGUACGCUCAAAUCAUUAAGAAUAAAGAAACUCAUGGAUUAAUUCUUGACAUCGGUAUGCCUGUUCUGCAUAAGAAUGUUCGUUAUAAUUGUCGUCUGUUAUCCUUGGAUGGUGAGAUAUUGUUCAUAAGACCCAAGAUUUGGUUAGCUAAUGAUGGUAACUAUAGGGAAAUGAGAUUUUUUACACCUUGGAUGAAACCUGGCGUAGUGGAGGACUUUAUCCUUCCACCUGAAAUUCAAAAAGUUACGGGUCAGAGACUUGUGCCAUUUGGAGACGCUGUGAUAAAUUCAUUGGAUACGUGCAUUGGUACAGAAACUUGUGAAGAAUUAUUUACUCCCCAAUCGCCCCAUAUCGCCAUGUCAUUAGAUGGUGUGGAAAUCAUGACGAACUCAUCUGGUUCUCAUCAUGAACUGCGUAAAUUAAAUAAAAGACUAGACCUAAUUUUAAAUGCCACCAAACGUUGUGGUGGUGUUUACUUGUACGCGAAUCAAAGAGGUUGUGAUGGUGAUAGAUUAUAUUAUGAUGGCUGUGCAUUAAUUGCCAUUAAUGGUACAAUUGUAGCCCAAGGUUCACAAUUUUCUCUAAAUGAUGUGGAAGUUAUUACCGCUACUGUGGACCUUGAAGAAGUGAGGAGUUACCGUGCAGCUGUCAUGUCCCGUGGUCUGCAAGCUUCCUUGGCAGAAAUAAAGUUCAAACGUAUUGAUAUUCCCGUAGAAUUGGCCUUGAUGACCUCCAGAUUUGAUCCUACAGUGUGUCCAACAAAAGUUCGUGAACCUUUCUAUCACUCUCCUGAGGAAGAAAUUGCAUUGGGCCCCGCUUGCUGGAUGUGGGAUUAUUUAAGACGCUGUAACGGCACGGGGUUUUUUCUUCCUUUAUCUGGGGGUAUUGACUCUUGUGCAACAGCAAUGAUUGUUCACUCCAUGUGCCGCUUAGUCACAGACGCUGCUCAAAAUGGAAAUGAGCAAGUUAUUGAAGACAUUCGUAAGAUAACACGUAGCGGCGAUGAUUGGAUUCCAAACAGUCCACAAGAAGUAGCCUCAAAAAUAUUUCACUCCUGUUUCAUGGGUACGGAAAAUUCAUCCAAGGAGACAAGGAACAGAGCAAAAGACCUUUCCAAAGCUAUUGGAUCUUACCAUGUUGACUUAAAGAUGGACUCCUUAGUAUCCAGUGUGGUAUCUUUAUUCGAAGUAGCCACUGGAAAAAAACCAGUAUUCAAAAUAUUUGGGGGAUCUCAAAUCGAGAAUUUGGCUUUACAGAACAUUCAGGCGCGUCUAAGAAUGGUUCUUUCAUAUCUUUUUGCACAACUGUUGCCGUGGGUUCGUGGUAUCCCAAACUCUGGUGGCCUGUUAGUGCUCGGUAGUGCAAAUGUUGAUGAAUGCUUGCGUGGGUAUCUAACAAAAUAUGACUGCUCUUCCGCAGAUAUCAAUCCUAUUGGAGGUAUUUCAAAGACUGACUUGAAAAGAUUCAUUGCGUACGCUUCAAAAGAGUAUGACAUGCCAAUCUUAGAUGACUUUUUAAAUGCCACACCAACUGCAGAAUUGGAACCUAUGACUAAGGAUUACGUGCAAUCAGAUGAGAAAGAUAUGGGGAUGACAUAUGAGGAAUUGGGUGUGUUUGGUUAUCUAAGAAAGGUUGAAAAAUGUGGUCCUUAUUCUAUGUUCUUAAAACUCCUUCAUCAAUGGUCCCCAAAGUUAACACCUCGUCAAAUAUCUGAAAAGGUAAAAAGAUUUUUUUUCUUCUACGCUAUCAACAGACACAAACAAACUGUUUUAACUCCUAGUUAUCAUGCUGAACAGUAUUCACCAGAAGACAACAGAUUUGAUUUACGUCCUUUCUUAAUCAACCCAAGAUUUCCAUGGGCUUCAAGAAAAAUUGACGAAGUUGUUGAGGAAUGCGAAGCACAUAAAGGUUCAACGCUUGACAUUAUGUCAAUUGAUUAG